ACACUCUAACGAGCCAUGCCACACUGUACGGAGUGUGCCACACUGUACAGUGCCACGCGAUACCAUGCAGUGCCACACAGCACAGAGUCAUGCCAUGGCAUACCGAGCCGUGCCACACUGUACCAAGUUGUGCCAUACAUAUCGAGCCGUGUCGUAACGUGCCGUGCCGCACCGCACCGUACCACACCGAGCUUCACGCCGUCCCGAUCCGCCCGUGCCCCCCGGCGCCACCGCGGCCCCUCCCGGCGGGUGCCCCCGGCGGUGCCGGCACCAGGGCGGUGGGUGUGGCCGGGGCGGUGGGCGGGGCCUGUUCCCGUGUCCCCGCCCCCCCCCGCGCUCCCGGCGGUGCGGGACGGGCCGGGCCGAUGGCGCGGGCGUGGCCGUGGCCGUUCGGGGGCGUGUCCCCGCGCGCCCCCGCCCCGUGUCCCCCGCCCGCCGCGCUCGGCGGUGCGGGAUGGGGCGAUGGCGCGGGCGGGCGCGGGGCCGCCGCGGGAGCUGUCCCUGGAGGAGGUGCUGAAGUGCUACGAGCAGCCGCUGAACGAGGAGCAGGCCUGGGCGCUCUGCUUCCAGGGCUGCCGCGCCGCCGCCGCCGCCCCCGUGGCCCCCGCGCCGCUCCGCACCGCCGACAUCCGCCUCCGCGCCGACGGCUCCCUCCGCCUGCCCGCCCCGCCGCACGACCUGCCCGCGCUGCUGACGCCCUCUGCUGAAGCCCAGAUGGUGCAGUCGCUGGGCUUCGCCGUGUACCGGGCACUGGACUGGGGGCUGGAUGAGAACGAGGAGCGGGAGCUGAGCCCACGCCUGGAGCAGCUCAUUGACCUGAUGACCAACAGCGACUCAGAGGACAGCGGCUGUGCCACGGCUGACGAGGGCUAUGGGGGGCAGGAGGAGGAGGAGGAAGGGGGUGAGGGACCGCCACGCGCUGUGCGCACCUUCGGGCAGGCCAUGCGGUGCUGUGCUGCCCGCCUGGCCGACCCCGCCGGCGCCCCGGCGCACUACCAGGCUGUGUGCCGUGCGCUCUUCGCUGAGACUGUGGAGCUCAUGGCCUUCCUCGCCAAGAUCCGUGAUGCCAAGGAGCUGCUGCAGAAGCUGAAGGAGGAUGAGGAAGAGGAGGAGCGGCCGGCGGCGGAGCUGGGCAGCCUGCGCAACACCGACUGGGCCCGGCUGUGGGUACAGCUGAUGCGAGAGCUGCGGCAUGGCGUGAAGCUGAAGAAGGUGCAGGAGAAGCAGUUCAACCCACUGCCCACUGAGUACCAGCUCACGCCCUUUGAGAUGCUCAUGCAGGACAUCCGCGCCCGCAACUACAAACUCCGCAAGGUCAUGGUGGAUGGAGACAUCCCUCCACGGGUGAAGAAGGAUGCCCAUGAGCUCAUCCUCGACUUCAUCCGCUCCCGACCCCCUCUGAAGCAGGCAUCAGAGCGACGGCUGCGGCCCCUGCCCCAAAAGCAGAGGACGCUCCAUGAGAAGAUCCUGGAGGAGAUCAGGCAGGAGCGGAAGCUCCGGCCCGUGGAGCAGAAAGGGUACAGCUCCCUGCCCUGCAUCCCACAUGCCUGUGCUGGCCGCCUGGCCUCCAACUCCUGCCUCGAGCUCUCUCGGUGCCCGGCCAGUGCCAUGCCCACACGCCCACGGCCACGCGUCCUCCUCAAGGCGCCCACCCUGGCCGAGAUGGAGGAGAUGAACCUCUCAGAGGCAAGGGGGGACCCUGGAGGUGGGGGGACACGGGGGGUGCCAGGUCCCUGGGGUGAUGUGGUGCCCAUGGUCUUGCAGGACGAGGAUUCUCCAGGCACAGAGGUGCCGCUGAAGCGGGAUCGCUCCUUCUCAGAGCAGGACCUGGCACAGCUGCAGAGCCAGCUGGGGGGUGACCAGGCUGCACCCCAGGACCUGGAGCCACUGCAGCCUGAGCUCCGGCCUCGCUCAGGCUCUGUCCCUGCCAGCUGUCACCAGCUGCCAGAUGGGCCAGCACCACCCCGGGCUGCCCUCGGCGCCGUGGAGGAGAGACCGGAGGACGGAUCCAGUGCUGCCCCCACCACCAGCUCCAAGCACCUCUGGCUGGAGUUCAGCCACCCCGUGGAGAGCCUGGCUCUGACCGUGGAGGAGAUGAUCAAUGUCCGCAGGGUGCUGGUCAAGGCUGAGAUGGAGAAGUUCCUGCAGAGCAAGGAGCUGUACAGCAGCCUGCGGAGAGGGAAGGUUUGCUGCUGCUGCAGGGCCAAGUUCCCCCUCUUCUCCUGGCCUGCAGCCUGUCUCUUCUGCAAGCGGUCUGUCUGUAGCUCCUGCAGCCUGAAGAUGAAGAUGCCUUCCAAGAAGCUGGCUCACAUCCCCGUCUACGCGCUGGGCUUCGAGAGCCUCCCGGGCUCGCUGCUGCCCAAGGCGCUGCCGCUGCGCCGGAGGGAGCCCUUCCAUUCGCUGUCGGGGCCGUGCUGGCGCCGGGUGGAGGAGGAAUUCCCGCACAUCUACGCCCAGGGCUCGGUGCUGCGGGACGUGUGCCCCGACUGUGCCGGGUUCGUGAAGGACGUGGUGAGCUCCAGCCGGCGCAGCGUGGCCGUGCUCAACGCCAGCGCCGCGUCCCGGCGCCACGCCAAGGCCCGCUCCCUCUACAGCGACGCCUGGCUCCAGUGAGGGGCCCGACCUCCCAGUGAUGGGCACCACGGGGGUGCCCCCCCGCUGUACAUAUAUACAUAGGAUGGAUACACACAGCCUCUAUAUUUAUAUACGUUAUGGACCAGGGGCAAAAGGACCCGUUCCUGCCAUCCCCUUCCAUCCCUGCCACCAGCCCCUGGGGGCACAAGUCCUGCCAUGGGGCACCUGCAGCCCCUGAGGGCAUGGAUCCCACCGUGGGGUACCCACAGACCCCGAGGGGAUGGAUUCCACCGUCGCACAGCCCCUGAGGGGAUGGAUCCAGCUGUGGGGUACCCACAGCCUCCGGUGGAACGGAUCCAGCUGUGGGACACCUCCAGCGUCCGGGGGGAAGGAUCCCACCGUGGGGCAGCUCCUGGGAGAACAGGUCCUGUUGCAGAGCGCCCACAUCCCCGGAGGGGAUGGAUCCCACCAUGGACCACCGUUAGCCCCCAGAUGGAUGGAUCCUGCUGUGGGACACCCGCAGCCCCCCGGGGGCACAGAUCACACCGUGGGGCAGCUCCUGGGGGAACGGAUCCCACGGUGGGGCACCUGCAGCCCCCUGUGUUGGCUUCCCCCAGCUCUGCUUCUGUGCCAAACCCUGGCUGUGCCGGGGUGCCCGGUGCCCUGGGCUGGCACGGCUACUCUGUAUGUCCCCUCUCCGAUAAUAAACCCGCUGGGCUUCCCCGGG